UCACGGCGCCGGGAGCCCGGGUGCAUCCCUCCUCGCCACCAGACCGGUGGGAGAGGAUUACAUCUCGCGAUAUCCGCCUAUCACCACCGCUGCGGCGGCGGUGAUGUUGCGGCGCUCCCGACGCGUGGCCCCGUUUUGCGCUUCCGCCUGGCACGUGGAAUGCAGCCAGUGUGAAGAUCCUGCAGAAUCUCACAGUGCUGGUAUUGUUAGCGUACCGGUUCUCGAGCGGCGACGAUUGAAAAAAAAAAAGGACGCUGUCAUUGUGUGUGAGCGGCCCCACCCACGGGCCGCUUCACGUGAGUACGGCAUCAGGAGGACUACCUUCGCGGAGCUACUCCCUACAUUUAAUGUGAAAUCGCAUCGCAUGUCGGCUUCAGCCUGCCACCGACUCCUCAAGGCAAUGAAGAGGACGCAGCGCGCAGCUUCACAUCACGGUGCCUUGGGCGUUUUCUGCCUGGCCUACCUGUUGGGCGUUCUGGUGGGAGUAACGGGCCGUGAAGUAGCUGGCAGUGAGGACAAUGGCUGGACGGAUAACGGCUCCGGAGGAAAUUCCAACGCUGCCGUGCCCGAUGGAGCGACGUCUCUUGUUCUCGUUUUGGACGUGAGCGGCUCGAUGCAUCGGCACCUCCAGCAAGUAGCCGAUGGUUUGCAGGGGAUACUGAACGCAACGCUUUCACAGGGCGAGGUGCUCUUCCACAACUACGUGCUGGUGCCUUUCCACGACCCUGUUGUCGGUCCGACGCUGGUGACACGUGAGCCAGCCCACUUCGAGCAGCGUCUACGUGCCCUGACGCUUCGCGGAGGCGGCGACUGCCCCGAAAUGGCGCUCACCGCACUGCGCGAGGCCCUGCGGCUCUCCCUGCGUGGCUCUCACGUGUACCUCUUCACAGAUGCCCGUGCCAAGGACUACCACCUCCUCGAUGCUGUCCUGGCACUGGUGCAGAGAAAGGAGGCGCAGGUCGUGUUCGUUUUGACGGGAGAUUGCGGAGAUCCCAGUCACCCGGGCCUCGUGGCGUUUCAACGAAUAGCAGCAGCCAGUUCUGGUCAUGUGUUUCGCCUGCGUGAGUCGGAUGUGAAAGAAGUUAUCAGUUUCGUGAAAGCAUCAAUGCAGCCCAACAAGGUCAGCCUGGUCUCAGUGGACGCGCAUUCGGAGGACACUCAACUGCUGGAACUGAACGUCGACAGCACGCUCCGGGAACUGAUGGUCUCCGUUUCUGGAGAUCAUCCGAACCUUGUUCUCAGCGAUCCUCAAGGCAAGGAACUAGUUCCCGGCGGCGACAUGGACGUCGCCCUGGACGUGGAGAACGCGCUGGCUGUUGUGGUGAGGGCGCCUGCGGCUGGGCGCUGGCAGCUGCGCGUCUCGAGCGCCGACAGCAGCCACACCGUUCGUGCCACGGGCGUCAGCGAGGCUGGAUUUCGGCACGGCUUCUCGCGGCAGCCCACUGACAGCAUGCGGCACACGCAUCGGACACCGCUCAGUGGCAACCCUAUGUACGUCCUGGUCAAUGGCACCGGCUCCACGGUGCUCAAGGAACUCCAUCUUGUGAAUGUCCGAGGUGAUCAGCUCGCCAAUCUGUCCCUUAAACCGGUGUCACGCCGAAUGAGCCUCUACAACGCCAGUGGCACGUUCAUUCCUCCAGAUGACUUCUUCUACCUCAAAGUUGUCGGCACGGACAAGGCAGGCUACCCUGUUAACCGGCUUACUCCUACGGCAAUCAAGGCUGAGCCUCCAGACGUUCCAGAGGUAGCUACCCGCCAGAAGGUUCUCGCCGUAGCCGGGGGGAACGUCACGCUUCGUUGCUCCCUCCACUCACUCUUGCCUGCAGUGGUACAUUGGCUCAAGGAUGGCAGUCCACUGGAUGGUCCACAGCACUUCCGGGGAAGCUUCGAUUUUCCUCUGCACGUCAGCCGUAUAUCGUCAGAAAACGAAGGGACGUACUUCUGCACCGCAUCGAACGACAUCGGCGCGGCGAGCUCACUUGUGCUGCUCGAGAUAAAGGCUUCCUCAAUGGCUCCACAACUGCAACUCUAUCCAGCGGAAGUGCACUUCCGAACAGGUGAUACCGUGCGGCUUGCGUGUGACGUGAAGGGGCAUCCAAAAGCGGUUGUCAAGUGGAACGUGGCGCCUGCCUUGAGAGAUCGCGUGCACAUAAACGGCUCCACACUGACUCUUCACAAUGCCACGGCAGGAGAUGAACUGCAAGAACUGUCUUGCAUGGCAUCCAAUGCGGCGGGCAGCGACGAGAAGGCAGCGACACUUCAUUACGUGGAUCCUCCGAAGAUCACCGUUCGCGAGGGCCCCGUUGUCACCGUCGUCAGAGGUUCGAACAGGGCGCUCUCAUGCGUCGCUUCCGGCACGCCGCGGCCGCAGGCGCGCUGGUCCAAAGGCGGCCUGCCGGUCGCGAAAGGACUGCAGCCGGAUGGCUCGUUGCUCAUCGCCGGGGCAGGCGAGGCUGACGCCGGUGACUAUACCUGUGACGCCGUCAGUCCAGGCGGCACGGACAGCUACACCGUACGGGUCUACGUACUGCUUCCACCGCAGAUGGAAGAAUCCGUCUCACACGAGAUCUACAAGGUGAUCGAGAACGCCCCCUUUUCACUUCAGUGCCGAUCAUCUGGAAGCCCGAUCCCUCUUUUGGAGUGGCACAAAGAUGGCCGCAAGGUGGACACGAUAGCCGACAACCUGAGAAUCGAUUUCUCUCCCGAGCGAGACGUCCUGCAUGUGGCGGCGGCCACGUUCCUCCACGACGGCGUCUACAAGUGCGUGGCCAGCAAUGCGGCCGGAAUCACGGAGCGGAGCUUCCGCGUAAUUGUCUUGCUUCCCCCGCAAAUCCAGGGUCCUGACCGCGAAGUAUUGCGGGUCGUCGAAGGCGAGGAGGUGACGCUGAGCUGCCGCGUCGUGGGCACGCCGGCACCCACGGCGUCGUUCCUUCGAGACGGUGUCUCGUGGCCCUCGGACGACCGGGGCGAGGGCCGCCGCGAGCUGUUCUUCGCCGCUGCCUCGGCCGAGCGUGACGCCGGCACCUACGUGUGCCGUGCCACCAACGAGGCAGGCAGCGCCCACAAGGUUUUCGAGCUCGUCGUGCUCGUUCCUCCGUCGAUCGAGGACCAGGAGACCCUCGGCGUAGUGCGCGUCCGCGGCGGCUCCCAGGCGGUGCUCCGGUGCGCGGCCUCGGGCGUGCCGAUCCCGGAGGUCAGCUGGCUCCUGGGCGCGUCGCGCAUCACGGGCGCCGACGGCCGCGUGCGCCCGGGCACCUCCGAGCUGGUGAUCGAGACGGCGCGCGAGCAGGACGCCGGCCGCUACCGCUGCAACGCCGUCAACGAGGUCGGCACGGCAUCCCGGGAGUUCGUCGUCGACGUGCUCGCUCCGCCAGCGCUCAAGGUCGGCCAACGCGUUUCCUGGGAGCUGCUUGAGGGUGAGCCGGCAACCUUGGACUGCUCAGCGACCGGAAAUCCGGCUCCCGCGGUAACCUGGUCUAAGGCAGGCACAGAGAUCACUCCAGUCGCACUGCUCCCAGAGGGCAUCGACCUCAUCCGGGGUGGCCACGCCAUACGCAUGCUGCAUGUGACCACCGCACACGCGGGCCCGUACUCAUGCGAGGUAGUCAACGAGGUGGGCCGGGUGACCCGAAACUUCUCUCUCAGCGUACUAGUGAGGCCCGCAAUCUGGACGGGGCCCUCGGAACACGGCGAGGAGAAAGUAAACGUCGUGAAAGGUGACAACCUGGUGCUGUUCUGCAACGUCACUGGCCAGCCAAAGCCAGUGGUCCGCUGGCUUCGGGAUGGUCUUCCGCUCGAAUUCAGGACAGGCAUCUCGCUCCUACAGUCCGGACGUAGUCUCAACCUUUCUUCGCUCCAGCUUUCAGACGGAGGGAAGUACGUGUGCAUCGGUACGAACAAUCUGGGCUCGGCCUCCAGGGCUUUCGAAGUGGAAGUGCAAGAGCCACCUUCCAUCGACACGUCGAGCCAAGACCGGCACCAGACGGCAUGGCUGCACCAGUCAGUGACGCUCGCUUGCCCCGCAUCCGGGUCUCCGGCACCGCAACUGAGCUGGUUCCACGACGGGGUGCCCCUGCUGGAGUCAGACCCGAAGCUGCUCUUCUUCCAGGGAGGCCGCCUACUGACACUCCGACCGGCACUUCCCUCGAGUGCAGGCAUCUACACCUGCGAAGCAGUGAACGCGGUGGGACGCGCCUCCUUGGACUACAUUCUCGAGGUACUCGUUCCCCCUUCAAUACCCACUCGCAACCUGGAGACGCGGCUGAAGGUGGUGGAGGGGGCCAUGGCAACACUGCGUUGCCCAGCCCAGGGCAAGCCCGCGCCCACCAUCGUGUGGAUGCGUGGCCCCGAAGUGGUGACCGCCAACGACGCUGACCCGCGCAUCGACGUGCCCAGCGGAGACCCGCAGUCGUUGAUCAUCCAGCGAGUGCAGCUGGGUGAUCGAAAAUUCACUUGCAUCGCGGGAAACGCGGCCGGUACCGCGGAGAUUGACUUCAUCCUCGACGUCAUGGUGCACCCGAAGCUGGAGUCUGGUGAAGAGAAAGGCCCAGGCAGCGAGCUGGUGCUAGCAGUGCUCAACCGUCCCACCUGGCUUCGUUGUCCCGCGCUGGGCGUGCCUCCGCCAUCGGUGCGCUGGCUGCGGGCGGGCCGCCUUCUCAGUCCACGAGGGGACCCGUUCGUGCAGCCGUCCGCUGACGGGCGCCGGCUGCAGCUGCGGCGUGCAAGACUUCGUGACGCUGGAAACUACACUUGCAUUGCAACAAACGAGGCUGGGAAACUGGAGAAGAAUUUCACAGUCGAAGUACAAGUGCCUCCCCAGAUCAGUUCGCUGCCGGCGUCAGGCGGCGAGGAAUCCGCGCAUGACGCAUCUGAGAGCGUGCAUGUUGUGGCAAAUGAGACGCUAACCCUCCAGUGCCGGGUCACGGCACAGCCGAUAGCCACCGUAGUAUGGAUGAAGGAGAGCACACCUCUCAAGGCCGACGGGCUCCACCGCCAGGUUUCGCCAGACUCGGAGACGCUGACGAUCGACAACGUUGAAGUAUCUGACCGCGGGAAGUACACCUGCGUCGCCACUAACGACGCUGGAACCGACGAGAAAGACUUUCACGUGAGCGUUCUCGUGCCGCCAACGAUAGCAGGCCCCUCAUCUGUGGACGUCGACACCGUGGAGAACCGGCGCGUGUCGCUUGAGUGCAGCGUUGAAUCUCUGCCCCGGGCCACGGUGUACUGGACUAAAAACAGCCUUCCUUACCUCGUAGAAAACGCGGACAGCGAACUGACCACCAAGUACGGACCUCGGGUGCUCUCGUUUCCAGCGAUCCAAUCGUCGGAUCGCGGCACCUAUUCCUGCAUCGCCGAAAACGAAGCCGGCCUGGCGGAGAAGGCGUUCCGCGUCGAAGUUCACGUGCCUCCGAGGAUUCAGGUGCCCGAGGCGACUGUUUCCGUAGUCGAGCAUUCGCCCAUCAAGCUGCGGUGCAUUGCGUCUGGCGAGCCGCCGCCAUCGGUUGUAUGGAUGCGCGACGACAUCCCACUGGAUAAGAGGGACAGCAAGGACGUAGCCUUUGCGGAGAACGGCCAGAUUCUGCAGAUUCCGAACGCGACUCUCGCACAUUCGGGAAGGUACAGCUGCGUGGCCAGAAACGCAGCCGGCAUGGCCGAGGAACAACUGAUGCUCACGGUUCUCGCGCCGCCGCACAUCGCCAAGCUGCCUUCCCCGGCGCCCGUGGUGCUCGGUCGGCCGGCUCGCCUCGAGUGCCGCGUGGAGCGGGGAAAUCCCCCAUCGAAAGUCGAGUGGACCAAGGACGGCGAGCUGCUGGACGAGCGCCAGCCGCUGCUGCAGAUCGCCGAUGGCGGAGAGGUGGUGCACGUUGUACGCGCCACGGAGGACACGGAAGGCGCGUACGCCUGCCGCGCCACGAACGCUGCCGGAUCGGACGAGCACACGCUCUUCCUCAGCGUGCUCGUGCCGCCCCGCCUAGUGACCGACAAGAAGCAGCGGGUCUGGCGUCUGUCCCACGGAAGCGACGUUCAGAUGGAGUGCUUCGUGUUCGGGCGGCCGACUCCUCGCAUCAUCUGGUACAAGGACAACCAGGAAGUGAUGGAGAAGCCGGGUCGCGUGAGCCUGCUGCAGGAUGGUCAGACGCUGUACGUGACCCGGGUCUCGAGGCACGAGGCUGGCCGCUACGCGUGUGCAGCCGAGAACGUCGCCGGAAACGUCACCGCAGUGUUCGAGGUGCACGUCCACAGUCCCCCCGAGAUUGAAGGAGACUCGGCUGAGACCGAGUCGUCGAGCACCCAAGUGGGAGCGUCGCUGGAGUUGUCCUGCGUUGCCACGGGAGAUCCUGAGCCCGUGGUCGCUUGGGUCCGUGAGGGUGUCGCGUCGCAGCAGCUUUUCUCGACGGCUCUGUCUUCCGGUGUCCCCACCGCCACGGACCCCUUGGUCAGGGUCCACGGUCACGGACCACGCGCCACGCUCGAAUUUAAGCGGGUGCGAGCCUCGGACGCCGGCAAUUACACCUGUGUCGCCACCAGUUCGGCAGGAGUUGCGCAGAAGCGUUUCCUCGUUGACGUGUCCGUGCCAGCAUCCAUAACGAAGCCCAGCGAAAAAGGGCGCGAACUGAGCGUCGCCUUAGGAGAGAGUGCGAAGCUCGAGUGCCGAGUCACCGGUUCCCCGGAGCCCUCGCUUCGCUGGAUGAAAGACGGCGCACCGCUCUUCGCCAACGACCUCCAAGAUUCGCGCUUUACCUUCCUCUCAGGUGGACAAACUUUGCUUGUACAAGUUUCCACGGCUUCCGACGCUGGUGUCUACGAGUGUGAAGCGUCUAAUCCUGAAGGCAGCGACGAGCUUCAAUAUGUUCUGUCUGUUAUUGAGCCACCGGACUUCGGCGCCAAGACGGGCACCACCGACGUGCUGAUGGCGAGGCAGGGCGACGACGUGGUCGUCCGCUGUCCGUUCCUCACCAAGGAUGGGCAGCUGCGGUCGGCAGUGUCCACCAACUGGCGCCUGGAUGGCCGCUCGCUGGCGCCGGACCGGCUUCCCGCAAACCUGGCUCUGGCCACCGCAGACGAACUCCGGGUGAGCCACGUUCAGCCAGAGGAUGCCGGCUACUACACGUGCACGGCCACCAACGCGGCGGGUGAAGCCAGCUUCACCACUUUCCUGGACGUCCUGGUGCCGCCUUAUUUUGAGGAACCAGACGCGGAGGAGGUCUUCGUCAUGGAAAGCGGCAGCGUGACGCUGGAGUGUUUUCCUCGCGGAAUCCCCGAACCGGUCGUCUCUUGGUCGCUGUACGAAAACAAGCUUCCCGAAGAAGGUUCUUUCUUCAAGCUGCCAAAUGCGAGCGCCGAAGACGCGGGCCAUUACGUCUGCCAGGCAUCCAAUGACGCCGGAGUGGCCGAGAAGGACUUCAUCCUCGUUGUCCUCGUGCGCCCUGGUUUCAACCUGACGGAGUUGCGCACCGACAUCAGUGUUUUGGAGGGCGAGGAGGUGCAGCUGCCGUGCCCGGCGACUGGCGUUCCCGAGCCCCGCCGAAUCUGGUACCGGGAAGGACGGCGCCGCGUCUACCCGGGCCCCUCUAUGCAACUGUCGAGCGACGGCACGCUGACCAUCACCCCUGCACGAGUCCACGACGCGGGGAGCUUCACCUGUGUGGCACUCAGCGAAGCGGGAACCGCAGAAAUGAACGUCACGCUCACUGUCUAUGUGCCUCCAAGCAUCCGACCCACAACCGAUCCCGGUCCAGUUGUGGUGGUAAAGGGUCACCCAGCCAGGCUAGCGUGCGAGGCGAGUGGUGUGCCAGCGCCCACGGUGUCGUGGUUCAAGACGGAUGCCCACGGGCUCGCUAGGCUCCGCGUCGGAACUGGACCGUUCCUGGACUUCACUGGGGGCGUCUCGUCCGAGCACGAGGGCUGUUACGUGUGCCUCGCUGAGAACGAGGCAGGCAGCCAGGAACGAUCAGUUGUGCUCAUGGUUAUAGCACCACCGACCGUGGAGCGCACCGAUCCCGUUGGGGUCACCGUACAGGCGGUGGUCGGCCACAACGCGUCGCUGCGUUGCUCGGCGUCAGGCAGUCCGCGGCCGAAUAUCACGUGGCUAAGGAACGGCGCCCCGGUGCCGGCUGUUCCAGCAGAAGGUGUGCUUCGUACUCCUUCCCUCGAGGCUGACCGCACGCCCAGGGUGUUCGCGUCCGGAGAAGGCGCAGGGAGCACGCUCAACAUCGUCGCCGUUGAAGCGGACGACGCCGGACCGUAUCUGUGCGCGGCGACCAACAAAGGCGGCACGGCGGUCGUCGAGUACCACGUCGACGUGGUCGUGCCUCCGCACCUCGUGAACGGUACUUCAGAGGCAGCAAGAGACGUACCCGUCCACACAGUGGUGCUCGCCCAACACCCUUUCUCUCUGGCCUGCGACGCCGACGGGGUCCCGCUGCCCACCUUCACGUGGAACCACGACGGGCUUCCACUGCCUCGCGAAUCGCUCACGUCAGUUCGGGGCAAGUGGCUGCACGUGAGCGCGGCACAGCCACACCACGCGGGCCACUACCUCUGCGAAGCCAGCAACGUCGGUGGUGCAGUGUGGAUCGCGUACAACGUUACCGUCUGGGAGGCGCCGCAGAUCUCCGGCAGCCAGACUCCAGUUCAUCUGUCCAUGGUCCUGGGUGAAACGGCCACCCUUGAAUGUCCUGCCGUGGGAACACCGGCUCCCGUGUUGUCCUGGACCAAGGACGGACAUCCCUUGGAGGUUUUCAACGCAAGCGAAUCUCUGACGCUGGACGCGACUCGAGAAGAAGACGCCGGCAUUUACGCCUGUACAGCAGUCAACGAUGCGGGAGUGGCGACGCGAGAAAUUUCACUCACCAUACUUGUGCCGCCGAGGAUACGCAUUCGCGGGGACAGCAGCGACGGCUUGGUCGAGGUGGUGGCCGGGAAACCAGCGCUGCUUGAGUGCAUCGCGGACGGCUUCCCUCGGCCCCGAGUCUCUUGGUCGGGUCCUCCGUUCGUGAAUUCGGUGGCCUCCUCCAGCCACCAACACGGCACCUUGAGGAUUGCCAGGGUUGGGAAAGAGCACGCCGGCAACUACAGCUGCACGGCGACGAAUGAGGCCGGCUCUGACACCUUGUCCGUGGCGCUCACUGUACUCAGUGCCCCGUCGCUAGUGAAGAGCACGGACGCUAUCGUUGUUGUGGCUGGCCAGCCGGCCAUCUUGUGGUGCAACAACACUGGGGACCCCGAGCCCCAGGUCACGUGGCACAAGGGCGACCAGAAGCUGGAAGACGAUGACCAAGCGUUCGAAAUCUUGCCUGGUGCCCUGUAUAUCUACAGAGCCAACGUGACUGACAGUGGCCGCUACGUGUGCACUGUCCAGAAUCAUGCCGGAUCCAGCCAGGCAGUGAGGAACCUCGACGUUUUAGAUCCCCCAGUCAUCACAGUAUUUUAUCCCGAGCAAAAGGUAGUGGUCAUUGGCGAUGAAAUUUCACUCAUCUGUCAAGCGAAAGGGCACCCCAAGCCGGCAAUUUACUGGGAGCACAACGAUGUUGUCAUCAGUGAUCGAAACACCAGCCUUGACCAGCGGUACAUCUUCGUGGCCGGGGGUGAGCUGAAGAUUCCCGUGGCUGAAAGCAGGGACGCCGGCUUGUACCGGUGCAGAGCAGAGAACCAGGCAGGCUGGGACAGCCGCACCGCUACCGUUACCGUGCAUGUUCCCCCACACAUUGACGACGGCGCCGAUGAAGUGAGUGUCCAAAGAGGCGGCACAGCAGUGCUUCAUUGCGAAGCUCAAGGUCACCCAACUCCACUAGUCACGUGGUCGAGAGAGGGCGAACCCGUGGACUCCCCCAGGGCUCACCACGAAUCUAAUGGAGACCUCGUCAUCGCGGCCGCUGAGCCGGAGGACAGCGGCAGCUACUUGUGUUCGGCGGAGAACGCAGCCGGCGUCAAGCUGCGGCUGGUCUCCUUCGAGGUCCUCGUGCCGCCAAGCAUCAGCACGCUGCCGCGGGACCAACAGCUGUCUGCAGUCAGUCCUGUGAUAGCAGAGGCGCCGUCGUACACCGAAGUGGUCACAGGCCGUGAGCUGUGGCUGCACUGUGCCGCCAAAGGAGAACCUGCACCAAAGGUGUUCUGGCUCAGGGACGGACAUCAGGUCGACAACGGAGGUGGUCGUAUUCAGCAUUGGCCCAAUGGCUCUCUGCACUUCAAGCCGGUCGAGGUUGGCGACGCUGGGGAAUACCAUUGCUUCGCGAGCAACCAGUUUGGCAUGGCCCAGGCCAACCUCACCCUGUCUGUCCUCACGCCGCCUUCAUUCGACGAGCCACCUGCCGAUGUCGUUGCACGUGAAAACGAACCUGUGACGCUUAAAUGCUCUGCCAGUGGAAGGCCGGCGCCCACGUAUGCCUGGCUAAGGGUAGGGCAGGGCGCAGUCAAAACAAGCGCCUCGCCCAACGGAACGCUCCACAUUUUACGGGCACAGGGCUCUGACGAAGGCCUCUACCGGUGCAAGGCGAGCAACACACUUGGCACGUCCACAGCUACAGCCCGCCUCCUCCUUCAAGUGGACGGCAAAUGGUCCGAGUGGUCGGAGUGGAGUGAGUGCAACUGCGACGGCCUCCGGAACCGGACUCGACGCUGCGAUUCACCGCCACCCCGCAACGGCGGAGACGACUGCAUCGGUGAAGUGCUCGAGACACAGGCGUGCGACGGGAAGGCUACGUGUCUGCCUGUGGAGGAGCCGGACGAGGUAAUGUGGGGCCCCUGGGGUCCUUGCAGUAGGUCGUGUGGACCAGGGCUCAAGGAAAGACUCUGCGUCUCUGCCGCUUCCGGUCAGCCCUGGCACAGACCGGCCAACUCGACAUCAGCCUGCGAAGGGCGGAUGCGUGACGUGGUUGCCUGCUUCGAGAGUUCCUGUCCCGUGCAUGGCGGCUGGGGUGCCUGGUCCGAGUGGUCCUCCUGCUCGGCGUCCUGCGGCGGGGGCAUCCGGACCCGAAGGCGCAGCUGUGAUUCGCCCGCGCCCGCAUGGGCAGGUCGCCAGUGUCAGGGGGAGCCUGAGCAAGAAGACUUCUGCCACCCGGAGGCCUGUCCCGUGCACGGUGGCUGGUCCGAGUGGUCCCCAUGGGGCGAGUGUUCGGCCUCGUGCGGUAGGCGGCGGCACCGUCGCCGGUUCCGCACCUGCGACAACCCACGCCCUGCUGCUGGAGGGCGCGGCUGCCUAGGUAGUGAUCACGAGACGCGCCGUUGCCCGCACAAACCGUGUCCUCAUGCACCUGCCCGUACCUCCAUAAACCAUCCUCGGAACAGCCCUCUGAUCGCUGGAAGAAUCCAAGAACUGCGCUCGGCCCCUAUAUCUGCCUUCAUCAAGGACUGGACUUGUCCCGAAGGUUACCUAACAAUAGACGGCGCAUGCGUGGAUGAAGACGAAUGCGCAAACUACAAUCAGUGCCAACACGAAUGUAAGAACAGGCCAGGCAGUUACCAGUGCGUGUGCCCGGUCGGCUACGAAUUGGAAGGUGACGGCUACACGUGCCACGAUGUGGAUGAGUGCCAGGAAUCUCGACCAGACUGCGGCCUCGACCACGCCUGCUUCAACACGCGCGGAGCAUUCGAGUGCGUCCAUGUGCCUUGCCCGGCCGGCUACGAGAGGGACGCGCGGGAGAACUCCUGCAGGCUGCGCUGUUCCCACCGAGAGGACUGCAGCAGUGACGUGGUGACGUAUGCGUCGGUGGCAUUGCCAAGCGACGUCCUCUCUGGCACCCCGGUGGUGCGACUGGUGGCCAGGGACCACGAUGGGGCCGCGCUCCACCACACGGCCUUCUCGUCUCUUAGCGGUGAAGCGCAGCCGUUCGACGUUAACGCCGCUGACAACGGAGUUGGCCUGGUGUUCGCCACUCGCGACCUGCAGCCUCAGACCAGCUAUCGCGUCACCCUGCAUGCCGUUUCAAGAGACGAGGCCAACAGCACGGUGUUGUUCACCACACGGUUUUUCCUCUACGUCACGACGGGCGCCUACCCGUUUUAACAACGGACAUGGGACGCCCGGACGGAUUCACUCAUUCACUGCCAACUCUCGCAACAUCUUUUCCAUCAUUGUAUCAAUUGCAUCUGAACAUGGCUUGUGCGGCUAUAUGCCACGGCAAAAAAGAAGAGGCUCUGAAACAUGCCCCGCGUGCACAACCGAGUGCGCCGUCUGCGAGGUCAGCGUGAGACAAGCUUACCGAGUUUCGCGAAACGAGUGCUCGGCCAAUUAUUGAAGCACAGUGCAGCAUGCUGCUGCACUUGUCGCAUCGUACACUAACCACAAGUCUGGCGCAGCAGUGUUGAGCUGAGCAUAUACUUACAAAUGUGUGUUCGAAAAAAGUUCCAAAAGUGAGCGCCAUUAGUGUCAACAUCUGCUGAGACACAUCUUCCCGCAAAAAACUGAGCGUUGUUCUUAAGACGAAAGUCACAGAAAUCCAGGGUGUCAAAAGUGCACACAUUUCCAGGAUUCGGUGGGCUUCUUGUUCCCGAGAGAGUACACAAAUUGCUGCACACAAAUUCUUUGGCUGCCCAGAUUGGCCAUUAUCGUUGACAGACUCAUUUGUGUGACAAUUACGAUUAGCACAGAUGGGUCAAAGUAAAGACGUUUCAGUGCCGAAAAGAGUAUGCAGGGAAUAAACCUAACUUGAUUAGUUUUUU